GACAGAGAGGGAGAGCGUGUGCGAGCGUGCAUGUGUGUGAGUGAGUGCAUGUAUGUGUGAAAACACUGCGCAUGUGUGACUGUGAGGCGCACUGACUGAAGCAGACAGAGGAGGACGAAGAGGAGUAAUGAACGGCAGCUGAGGCGAGAGGAGAGGGACACAAGGAGAGGAGGUGUUUCACUGAAGACCAGGGGAAAGAAACGGGCAGACCGAAAGAGAGAGAGAGAAGCAGCACAGAUCCUCAGGUCACUGCACAAGAAAAAGGCAGAAUAAUAUAGGCUCAGCAGGAGAGGGAGAGAAUAGAGGGAUGGAGGGAGAGAUACCAGAGGGAGACGAACAGCCACAGCUCAUCAGAGGAGGAGUGAGGGCGGGAGAGUGAAGGACAAAGGUACCAGGGAGGAGAGGAGAAGAUGCAGAGCUCGACGAAAGCAGCCCGAGACAUGACGCAUCCACCUUGCAACAGACUCCUCCAUCUUACCUCCCCUCCAUCUUUUCCUGCCCUCGCUGCUGCUCGCCGUUCACCGUGCUAGAGCCAAAUGGGUGGAGGAGUGCAUCCUCCCUCUGGCAACACAUCACCCUGAACAAAGAGACAGAGCGGCUUGGGUUUAACAUCACGGGGCAGCAUCAGCAACAUCGACAAGGACUGGAAGAGGAGGGCUGGAGAAAGGACUGGAACAAGACGAGUGUGUAAGCAGACAGGAGGAUCGACCAAAGGAAUCAGUUUUCAAGUCGGACUCACUGAAAAAGGGAGACAAGCACAGAGCCACCUUGCUGACCGUUACCACUUCUGCUGCUCGGGUGGGAGGACUGUUUGAAAACCAGAAAGAAGAAACACCCUUCACUCCCACCUUUGAGGAAUUCAGGAGUCUUGAAGCUCAUUCCAACAGCUCUCUGGAGCACUAUAGGAAACCUCCCAAGAGAAGACCUCCCUCCCUCUUAUCAACGAGCCACUGGGAGGGGUCGCACAGGGUCGCCUGACCAAACUGGACCAAGAGCAAGGAGAAAGAGGUUGUUCUCAUUUUCAGAGAAACACAAUCGCGGCCAAACACAAGGAAGUUCAGCGAGUGUUUUAAGUGAGACACAUGUAAAGGCAAGAGUUUCCCUUGGCAGGCCACAGGAUCUAGCUAGAGACAACAGACUUCUUGGACUUAUCUGAACUGCCUGUAUACACUCCCUCACCCCCUCCCCCUCUCUGUGAACACAGAAACCCUCCACCCUGUACUGUAUGUAUAUAAGAGCAUCAGUGUGCAUAUGAGAUUAUUUAUUGAUGUCCACCGAGUCAGAACAUAUCUUUGUGCUGAAGUUCUAACUGUCCGUGUGUGUGAAUAUUUGUUUCUGUACCUAGUGGUUACUGGUCAGAGACAGCACAAGAAACUUAAUCUUAAAGUCGCCAACACUGGUUCGGUUCUGUAAACCGGAUUGUUAAAUCAUCCACAUAUAAGCUGUGACAGUGUGAGAGCUGCGGGUUGUGCUGCUCUGGCGGAGCUCCACUAUCUGUCUUCCCCUCAUAAAGACUCAGGCUGACAGGAGUGUACACCAGGGGGGGUUUCUGAGGGAAAACAUGGAGGAAUCCAUCCGUCCCCAUGUCCCCUCAAAUGGCUGACUUCAGACCAGGAGCCCAAUCCGUUAACCCCUGUGCAGAACCAGGCAGGGGCGUCAAGCGCUGAUCUCUCUCUCACGACCACCUCCACGCACGUGUGAAUGUCCUGCCUCAGGCGUCAGACCGUCACCAUCCCUAUGGACACCGUCAAGAUCAUCCAGUCGGAGAAGUUCCCCAGAGAGUGCCCCGUGCCCGUCACGCAGCCCCGCUAUGCCCCGCCCCCCAGAGUGGCGUGGGACGGCGGAGGCGAGGGCCAGAUAAUCGUCAACCAGGCCUGCAGCGACCUGACCCUGGACAUAGCAGUGUCUCCCAGGCCAACGGUGUCCACCCCGGCCCCCGUGACGCGCAGGGAGCAGAGCUUCCUGGCGCAGCGCAAAACCAGUGCCAACGAAAUCUGCUACCACCAGUUCCAGUACAAGAUGGAGGACGUCAUAGUCAACCAGUACGUGCUACGCUCCUCCUCCACCUCCUCUUCCACUUCCUCCUCGUCCACCUGCUCGGGACCUGUCAUGCCCUGCGAGCCCCUGGACUGCCCCACCUGCGGCCACACCUACAACUUCACCGGCAAGCGGCCGCGCAUCCUCUCCUGCCUGCACUCAGUGUGCGAGGAGUGCCUGCAGAUCCUCUACGAGUCCUGUCCCAAGUACAAGUUCAUCUCCUGCCCCACGUGCAGGCGCGAGACGGUGCUUUUCACUGACUAUGGCCUGGCUGCUCUGGCCAUCAACACCAGCAUCCUGAGCCGCUUGCCCUCUGACCCCAACGGGCCCGUGCAGUGGGGCGGGGAAGCCGACCGCAGCUGCUACCAGACUGUGCGCCAAUACUGCCAGUCAGCCUGCACCUGCCAGAUCGCCAACCCCUUGGCCUCCUGCGGCAUCAUGUAGGCAAGGGGGGGCACUGCAGGUAUGACUCGACGUGGGCCCCCCAACACCACUCUUAUCGUCUAUAAGCUCGACCCUUUCUGCCAAUUCCUUCCCCCUCACACACACAUACAGUAAAUAAAUCCCUCCACAGAUGUUAUCUCUAUAUAUUUAAUAGCACAGAUGGAUGCUAUGUGGGACUAAUGGAUGCUGGUGGUUCGAUAAAUAGUAAAUACAUGUAUUUUAUGUAUGGACUGGAAUCCUAUUCGCCCUCUCUUGUUUGGUUGGACGUGUUUGUCAUUGACAUCUCUUUACAUGGGAAUGCCAGGGGAGGUCUGUCCCCCCCCAACCUCGGUGAAUAAAGAUUAAAUAAUGAUAAAAGGAAACGCUGUGUGGCCUGGAC